CUUCUAAUAGGUCAGAGUCUUCUGGCGUUUGGUUCUUGCCUUUCUUUGAUUUGCUAAGUUUUCUGUCUUUCAAAAUUACUGUCUUGUGAUUGGCUCAAUGUUUUUCUAGAGGCCCGCCUCCAUAAACAGGCUCUCGCGGCUGCCCCUCAACUCCCCGACAGUAACACAGAGAAGGUUAUCAGCGAACGGAGAGCAACAACAGCCGGGCUGCUUUCAGAGCCAGAUAAAACAUUUUUUUUCUGCCGCUAAUUUGCUUCACGAAUGCAGUUUUUGAGCUUUACAUAGUUUUCGAGGAGGUUUAGAGAAAUGUAGGAACUUUUCCGGCGCCGGUAACGAUGGAAGACCCUGGUACCAGGGAGUCGUCUCUGUCAGACGGCGCCCCGGACGACGAUAUGCCCCAAAGUUUGCCCGAUGAGAGCAGCAGCAACGGCGGGAGCAUCCGAAAGGGCUGUGACCCCUUUGCUCAGACUCAGCGCAGUAAACUGCAGCAUCGACGAGCGCGCAUCAACCAGCAGAUCAACAAGGAGAUGCGCAUGAGAGCCGGAGCCGAGAACCUCUUCAGAGCAACAACCAACAACAAGGUGAAGGAGACAGUGGCUUUGGAGCUCAGCUUUGUCAACUCCAACCUACAGCUGCUCAAAGAAGAGCUGGAGGAGCUCAACAGCAACAUGGAGGUCUACCAGACUGACAGUGAGGCUGUUAAAGUUCCCAUGAUCCCUCUGGGCUUAAAAGAAACCAAAGAUGUGGACUUUACCAUUCCAAUACAGGACUUCAUCUGUGAGCACUAUGGAGAGGACAGCUCACAGUAUGACAGAGAGGUCAGGGAGCUCAUGGAGCUCCGGCAGGCCAUGCGCACUCCCAGCCGUAAUCAGGCCGGCCUGGAGCUGCUGAUGGAGUAUUACAACCAGCUUUACUAUGUGGACCAGCGCUUCUUCUCCGCUCACAGGAACCUGGGUGUGCACUUCCACUGGUACGACUCUCUAACAGGCGUGCCGUCAUCGCAACGCGCUCUGGCCUUUGAGAAGGGAAGUGUGUUGUUCAACAUUGGCGCUCUGUACACGCAGAUCGGAGCGCGGCAGGACCGCUGCGCCACAGCUGACAUUGACGCAGCCAUCGAUGCCUUUCAGAGAGCAGCAGGAGCAUUUAAUUACCUGAAGGAGAACUUCUCCAAUGCUCCGAGUCUUGACAUGAGUGCGCCGUCUCUCAGCAUGCUGGUCCGGCUCAUGCUGGCUCAGGUGCAGGAGUGUGUCUUUGAACGCAUCGCGCUGGCCUCGCGGAGCGCUCACUUCAGCUCCCAGCUGCGCCUCUCGCAGGAAGCAGCACGGGUGUCGGACGUUUACCUGCUGGUGCAGCAGACCAUGACCCAGCCUCUCAUGAAGGAUUACGUGCCUUUUCCGUGGGCGUCCAUGGUCCAAGUCAAAUCGGAGCACUUCCGGGCGCUUUCACACUACUAUGCUGCAGCUGCUCUCUGUGAGCACACAUUGUCUGCUAAGGAGGAAGAGGGUGAUCAGGAAGCAGAAGAGGCGUUCCUCGGCUUCUACGCUAACGUUCCUGCGGGACAGUCGCUCCGGCAGGUUCUACAGGAUGCAGAAAAAAGGCGAAAGCUUGGUAAAGCUCACCUGCGGUGCGCGCUGAUCCGACACGAGGAGGCCAUGCGUUUGCACGGCCUGUGCAAGAUCCUGAGGAAAAUGGAUAUCCUGCAGGACGUACUGUCCCUCGCGCACAAGCGCUCUCUGGACAAAUACUCUGCUCUGGAUCGAGAGGACGACUUUGACGAAACGGCUGAAGCCCCCGAGAUCCAAGCUCAAAGUCAGCAGAAACCCGACGUCACGCCACCAAACUUCUCUACAGUUCAAGUAACGGACAUCUUCCAGAGGCUGGGGCCUCUGUCGGUGUUCUGUGCGAGGGCCCGCUGGGGCCCGGUGCGAGUGAUCUGCCUCCAAAGGAGGGAAGGAGGUCUGGGCCUCACCCUCAGAGGAGACUCCCCCGUCCUGGUGGCAGGAGUGGUUCCUGGAGGCUGUGCAGAGGAGGCGGGGCUUCGGGAAGGAGACUACAUUGUUGCUGUGGACGGCCUGGACUGUAAGUGGGCCAAACAUGCAGAGGUGGUCCACCUGCUGAAGAGCUGCAGCGACAGCGGCACGGACAUCAGUGUGGUCACGUUACACUCGCACGACACGCAGAUGGAGAGGAAGGCCAUCAUGCUUUCACACUGCAGCAACAAAGAGCACAGUAGGCAGCGGCUGAUGGGCGGGACCAAGGGCCAGAGCUCCGCCUCCUUGUUAAACUGGAGCAGAAAGAAGAAAAGGGAAAGCUGCACCGUGACCAAGAAGCUGGGAAGCACUUUCAGUUUGUCGUUCGGAAGCAUCCGAGACGCUGAGGCGCUGUACUGAACCCGGACUGCAGGGGGCGCACUCAGGGAGCAAAAGCAGUGCACUGCUGGGAGAUCAGGACCGAAAUAUUUGAGAGGAAUCUUCAGAGUCCAACUCUGAGCCAGCAGGUCUCUGUCAGACUCACCUGCAGCAUUUCAUCACAACAGCCUGCAAAGCCAGAGAAAGAAUCAUCACUUCUCGUGCUAAAAGAACACAUUCUUACCUUCUGUCUCUUUGAUUCUGAAAACGAACAGCCUAUGCUGCCAAA